AAUGGCGGACGAUGAUGACAAACAAGAAAUUGAUGAGAUGCUACGAAAUGUGGUACAAGAAAGUGAGAAAAAUUCAAAAAUGAAAAGGAAAAAAAAGAAGAAGAAAGAAGAAGAAAUAAUGUUACAAAACCUCAGGAAUAGUGCUACAUUAGCUAAAGAAAGAGACGAUACAAUUGAUGCUAACACGUUUAAUCCAGAGGAUGAUCAAUAUACUAGAAAAACUGAAAAGAGUAACAGAACCGAAAAUGGUAUCAUUUACGAAGAUGAAGUUAAGAAGAAGCCGCGUAGAAAGAAGAAAACAGUAGAAACUGACGAAGGGACAGAAAAAUUUACAACCGAAGACAGUGAAAAACCAAGAAGAAGAUCAAAACCAAAGCCUAAAGCAAAUGAUGAAGAGGGUCCAACAGAAGAAACAAACGAAAAUACUGAAACAGAAACAGAAGGAAAGAAAAGAAGAAAAAAGAAAAGGCGAAAGAAGCCGGAAGAUCAAGUCGACGGAGAGGAAGGAGCCUCGAAUGAAGCUAUAGAAGAUCAGGAUAAGGAAGAAGCUGAAGAGGAGCAAGUUCCACCAGAAGUAGCUAUACCUGACGAAGGAUACUCUUUAUGCGUGUUUGUACACAAAACAGAUCAACUUAAGGUGGAUUUUUAUAUUCGACAUCCAGUUAUUCGUGUAUCAAUUCUAAAUACAGAAACCGGAGAUUGUUUUAAGAAGCAGCACAAGGAUAGAGCUGUUACAUACUUUAACGAAACUGAAAAUGAAAAUAUAGAUUUUGUUUUACCAAUGAUGACUGAAAAGUUUGAUUUUAAACAAAAUAGAUCUUUUAUACCGAAAUGGGAGGAACGACUCGUCUUCAAUGAAAAUUUUAAUUGGUUUCUGAAUGAUCAAUGUAUUAUAUUCUUUGAAUUACUAGAUUUCGUUAGUAUGGCAUCAGCAUCUAAUCGCUACACACCUGCUGGAAGAGAAAAAGGAUGGCAUAGAAUAGCUUGGGGUUUUCUUAAGAUUUGCGGUGCUAAUAAUAAAUUAAAUACAAAUAAAAAAGUUCGCCUUCAACUUUACAAACCGUCUAAUAUGAGAAGUCGAUCAAAAGUUCCCGAUGUUUAUUUAUGGUGGAAAAGUGGUCAAAGAAUGGUUUAUCCAUCUACUUUAUAUGUUACUGUGUACGGUAUGGAACUUCCAAGAGAAGUCCCAGCUUCAUCUCGUUCGAAAUAUGCAAUUCAAAAGGAAGAAGGAUCUCAAGCAUUAAGAGAUCUUGAUAAAUAUGAUCCUUCAAAGUUAAAGGCUUCAAAGUCAAUGGCCGUUCUAUGGUCUCGUCUUCCAGGGCAAAUAUGCCGAAUACCAAAUCGUCUAGAUAUCUCAUUGUCUGAUACUAAAGGAGGAUGUUAUACACUAAAAUUUUCACCUAAUGGGCUAAGUUUAGCUUGCGCCUGUAAAGAUGGAAAUUCUUAUCCCCUUUACAUUUACGAGUUACCGGGGGGCCAAUUACGAGGAUAUUUUAAUGGUCAUUUCGGCCUAGUCUAUUCUACUGCCUGGUCUCAUAACAGUAAACUUUUGGUAUCAGCAUCUUCCGAUUGUACUGUCAGAGUUUGGGAUAUAGAGGAAAUGAAAUCAGAACCAUGUAAAGUUCUUCCCCAUCCAAACUUUGUUUACACAGCACUAUUCCAUCCGAGAGUUCCAUCGAUCAUUGUGACGGGAGGCUUCGAUAAUAUUAUUCGGGUAUGGUCGAUAGCAGGCUCAGGUGUGAAUGGGACAUUGAUUCAAGAACUUGAUCCACACGUCAGUCACGUUAACUGCAUAUGUUUCGAUGAAGAUGGGAGGGUGAUGUUUUCUUCCGAUGGCUUGGGAAAUAUUCGUAAAUGGAAUGUCUACGUAACAGAAGUUCCCUCGAAAAAUGGUGUUACAAGAGAUUGGACAUUAAAAGAUGAUAUAAAUAUGGAUGAGAUUAAGGGAAAAACUGUUAAUCGAAUAAGACUCCAUCCUUCAGGUCGGAAAUUAUUAGUACACACACGUGAUAACAUGAUCAGAUUGAUAGAUCUAAGACUAUUAAAAGUAACUCAAAGAUUUGUUGGAAGCCUAAAUUUUAAAGAACAAAUUGGUAGUUGUUUUUCACCAUGUGGUACCUUUGUUUUUGGCGGGUCCGAAAAUUCAGCAGCCUACGUUUGGAAUAGUGAUACAGGAGAUCAGAUUGCUUCGUACACCGAUUUAAACUAUGUAAAACCUGUUAGUGACGUUGAUUAUCAUCCACACGACCACAUUGUUGCAUUUUGUGCUUUUGGUGAGAAUCAUCCGGUUCUUAUUUAUAAAUAUGAUAGUGAAGUUGCCCGAGAAAAUUCUGGCGUGGAAAGACUUCAGAGCCUACAGAGAAAGAAAUUAUCAAUGAGAGCUAAAUCGCCAAUGUUGCAUCAAACCGCUCCCACAGAUACAGAAGAUGAAUAUGAUAGAAUCUCGACUGCCCGCAGUCGAACAAUUCUGCUGAAAGAGGAGAUGGACACCUCCGCAAAAAUGAGAUGGGAAAAAAUAAAUAAGAGAGUUGACGCCGUAUCGCAAUUUAAAUCGGGUGGUUAUCGAAAAUCUUUAACGUUCGAUCGUGACUCUAUACAAAGUGAUGGCUUGAAUACUCUUGGAUCAACAAUAGACGCAUAUCAGAGUCGUAUGAUGACUAGUCCUCUUCCAUCGCAAUUCCCUCCGCAGCCGCAUCAUAGAAUCAUUCAGGCUGAUGUUCAUCAUGCUGCUGACUCUUAUGGAUCGUGGAAGCCCGGAUUCACUUCAGUUACUAGAAGGGGUUCUGUUGCGCGUAAUCCGUUUUCACCAGAAAUAUCUAUGAAUUUGACAAAAGAAGGCAAAGCUGAAUUUACUGUUACUACCGUAAAAAGAGAAGAUGAAACGGUUAUUGCUUUAUACGACUAUAAAGCUCAGCGCUCCGACGAAAUAUCUUUCCAAAAGGGAGAUUCUAUUGCUGUUAUAUACAAAGAUACCGAUAAUUGGUGGAUGGGAGAAAUAGAUGGUGCUCAAGGAUUCUUUCCAGUCAAUUAUGUUGCCACGCCUGAAGAGUUCGAAAAGUUCAGCAAGAACGAUGAAGAAUUUGACGAUGAAGAGUACGAGGAAAAUCAAAAGCACGUUGCUGUUGGUUCUUCGUCGGAUACUUUUAAAAUCGUCUCUGUUCCAGUCGACAGCAGUAAGAAAAAGAAAAGGAAUGGUGGAGGGAAAGAAGAAGGGUCGAGAAAGCCAAGAAGGUCAAAAAUGUAUGAUGAAACCGAAUCAAACGCUUAA